UAAAGGGCUGGAGCCACCCUGUCUAAGGCAGGAAUCACAUAUCCAGGAGAACCAGUCUGAAAGGAGAACAUGGAGAGCCAUGGUUUCCGGGGGGGUUGGUUUCUGCUGGUGCUGAGCGUCGCUGCAUGUGGUGCCCACCCCCGGGGCCGGAUCCUGGGGGGAUGGGAAGCCACCCCCAACCUGCUUCCCUACAUGGCAUCACUCCAGCAGGCCGGGAAGCACGUAUGUGGUGGCUUCCUCAUCUCUGACCAGUGGGUGCUGAGCGCCGCACACUGUGCCGAGGAGAUGAAGGAUGGGGAGCUGCAGGUGCUGCUGGGGGCACACUCCCUGUCGCAGCCAGAGUCGUCCAAACACCUCUACGCAGUCCAGGCCGUGAUCCCUCACCCCGACAGCCACCCGGACAACAAUGAUCAUGAUCUGCUCCUGCUCAAGCUGUCUCAGAAGGUGACUUUGAGUGAGCAUGUGAAGCCCCUGGCUUUCCAGAGGGUGGACCGGGACUUGCAGGGAGGGACCCUGUGCCAGGUGGCCGGUUGGGGCUUCACUAGCAACCUGGGCAAGAAGCCAGACAAGCUGCAGCAGGUGAAUCUGCCCGUCAUGCCCCGGGCCACCUGCAACCUGCGCCAGCACUAUGACAACGAGAUCACGGAGAAGAUGAUGUGCACUGAAAGCCGCAAGAAGGACACCUGCAAGGGCGACUCUGGGGGACCAUUGGUCUGCAAUGGUGUGGCCGAGGCCGUGGUCACCUCGGGCUCGAGGGUCUGCGGGAACUGGAAGAAGCCGGGGAUCUACACGCGGAUUGCCAGCUACGUGAGCUGGAUCGAUGCCAUCAUGGCCCGGGGGGGCUGAGGGCUCCUGAGGCCUCAGACAACAUGCUGGGGUGAUGGGAGUGGCUAGGGGGGAGAGGAGGGAGGACCCUCAGGGGGUCGACUUUCUAUCCUCUUUCUUCCUAACAAGGGGCUGUAUCUUGCUCCCUCUGGCCCCUGUAGCCAUAAUCAUGGAGGGUGGAGAAAGGGCUCUCCACUCUCUCAAUAAAGCUGCAUUCCUGUA